CUCACUCCUCUCUACGUCUCUCUCUCUCUCUCUCCACCUGUUCCAUUACUCUUUAGUAGUAGUUAGUACUACUACAUGUUUUUCUCUUUCUCUCUCUAGCUUUUCAUUCUCUCUCCUAUUCUGCAUUCCUUGUUUUGGUUCGGAUUUUCCGGUAUUAAAGUGUGUCCUUAAGUCCUUUUCUUUUUCUAACAUACCAUUAUUUCAUUUCGUAUUCCACACACCCUUAUCUCCUCUCUCUUAUUUCACCUCACUUACCCUUUUUUUUUUCCUUCUAAUUUCUCUGUCUCUGAUCUGCUUACAUCUAAAUAAGGACUGUAAAAUGAAGAAGUUUGUGCUGAAGUUAGAUUUGGCAGAUGAUAAGGCGAAGCAGAAGGCCUUGAAGGCAGUCUCAACACUUUCAGGGAUUGAUGCUAUCACUAUGGACAUGAAGGAGAAGAAAUUAACUGUGGUAGGAACUGUUGAUCCAGUAAGUGUAGUGAGCAAACUUAGAAAAUAUUGGCAAGCAGAUUUAAUCUCAGUAGGACCAGCAAAGGAGCCAGAGAAGAAAGAGGAGCCAAAGAAAGAAGAACCAAAAAAGGAAGAAGAGAAGAAAGAAGAGCCAAAAAAGGAGGAAGAGAAGAAAGAAGAGGGAAAGAAGGAAGAACCAAAGAAAGAAGAAGGGAAGAAGGAAGAAGAGAAGAAAGAAGAAGAGAAGAAAGAAGAGGAGAAGAAGAAAGAGCCAGCCCCUGACCCUGUUUCAGAGAUGGUCAAGGCUUAUAGAGCUUAUAAUCCUCACAUGACCACAUAUUACUAUGUUCAAAGUAUGGAAGAGAAUCCCAAUGCUUGUGUAAUUUGUUAAAUAGCAAGGUUGGGGAAUGUGAUGUGUAAAACUUAUUCGACUUGUAAUGGAAUCAAUUCUCUAUUAUGAAGAGAGUAACCACCAACAAGAGAGAAACUCUCUUUGUAUAUAUAUUUUGGUCAUGGCCCCUUCUUAAGUUGUCUUGGGGCUACCUAUUAGCAAUGUGUAGAAACAAGGAAUAAAAUUUUGGGGUAUCGAUUUUGUUUUGCAAUUAUAAUGUAAGUCAUACUAUUUUCCCUUUUUA